GCGGAUUUUCCUGGGGUGUUGGGAUUUGUAGUUUUUCAAACUGCCUAAAGUAAGUUUAGUUGAAACGCGUGGGAGUGACAGCCUUCCGCGUUCAGCCUCAAAAUUUCAUGCAGUUUUGCGUUUAUGCAUUUUUAAAUGUCUACUGCAAUGUCCACAGCGAUGGGCGAGAAGCAAGUGUGCGAUACAAAGUCUUCGAAUGGUGGGAAUAUGGACUCAUUGCCUUACAACUUGAGUAGACCCCAGACUGACCAGCUUGUAACCCAACCUAAACCUGUGUCAGUCAGCUUAUCCAAACUGGCUCAACUGAUCAGUCGCAUUGAGUACAAACCAAAACACCAUCAGUCUUCCAUCUGUAAAGAUUGCGGCCAAUCGUUCCCCAACUUGAUCAGUCUUGUGGAUCACCAAGAAAGUGAGCACGCCCUAGAAAAGCAUCAUUCCUGUAAGCGCUGUGGCCAAAAGUUCGGUUUGCUCUCUAGUUUGCAUCUACACAUCUGCCCCAGUCCACCUCCCAUGUGCCAGGUGUGCCGGGGGAAACCUCAGUGGGGAUCUCCUUGCACCACCUGUGGAAAUAAACCUCCAAGUCCGUGUCUCUCAGAAGAGCCUUCUGAUCACGACAACAGCUCAUAUGUGUGCGCCCCAUGCGGACGUGCCUUCAGCCACAAGCAGGAGUUGCUGUACCACCAGCAGGCUGGAGGAUGUCAGCCGGUUCCCGUCAGCCCGUCCUCUCCAGCUGCUACACCAAGCCCCUCCUACUCUUCCUCGCCCUCGUCUCCUCCGUGUGCAAGGGCGUCUUCUUCCACGUGCGAUUUGUGCUCCAGAACGUUUCGCUCGGCCGCGGGACUCGGCAGCCACCAGCGACAUGUCCACACGAAGAAGAAGAAGAAGAGGUCCUCAAGAGUCAUCACCUCAGGUACGAUGUUUCCGUGCCGUUCCUGUGACGAGGUUUUUUCCCAGACCUCAUUACUUCAACUGCACAGGAAGGAGGAACAUCGACGAGAGAUCGUGGUCAGGAAAACGCAGAGAAACUCCGGGAAGACCACCAGGCAAAGACGGAAAGGCGAGACGUAUCCCUGCCUCCACUGCGGAAAAGUCUUCCUGCACCAUUUGACGCGCUGGGCGCAUUUCAAGCACUUCAGCGCUCACCACCAGACCCACCUCGCCCUCAGCAGCAAAUCAACCAAAGUCGGCUUCAACCCAAAAGCAACUAAUGAGUCCGGACCCCUCGAAGGACAUAAACUUUUAAGAAAAAGAGGCAGACCGAGGACCAAACCUCUACCAGUUUCAAAAGAUACUGAGCAGAAGGUAAAAACAGAUGAUGGAGACACAGACGAGGAUGAGGAGUUCACUUGUGUGUUGUGUGAAAAUGCUCAAGCUGCCCUGAAAGCUCACGAGGAGGUUCCUGAAACAGCAGACGCGUGUAGGUGCUGCAGUGUGUGCACGGGUGGUAUAACACUCGCUGAGAUACCAGAAAACUGUGAAAACAAAGUUUAUCACUGUGUGCCAUGUGCAGAGGCCUUCAUAGCUCUGGAGACUUUUCUGGAGCACUGCCAGAAGCAUCUCAUUCGUGAAAGGGAGGAAGAUGAAGAUCUGCUCAGCGAUUAGUAAACACAUCCACUACUGCACAAGCGCUCGAAAAAGUACAUUGCGGCUACAUAUUUUCCUUUAUAUAGGUGACAUAUUGGGCCUGUUUUUUGUCUUGAGACCCCUAAAUGGCAGCUUUUGAAAUAUGCAUUGUGUCCAAGUGCCAGAUAAAUAAGAUACUUUCAGGUAAUAAUACAAAUCCGGAAAAGCCAAUUGCGUUUGUUUUGAUACGGGUGCUUGGUCUAAACCACUUCUGCUUGCCACAUAAUCAGGAUACAUUUUCAGAUAUUUUGCAUUUGCAUGUAUAUAUUUCUUGUAUAGCUGUGAAGAGAUUUUUUUGU